ACUACCCUGCAGGUGGGGAGCCAGGGGCUCAAACCAGGAUCCUUAUGCUGGUCCUUGUGCUUUGCGCCACCUGCACUUAACCCGCUGUGCUACUGCCCGCCUCCUGCCUCUGAUUUUCUUGAUGCUGCAAAACCUGAUCUAAGAUCUGCUCAGCCCAGAGUGAUGCUGCCUUCAUGAUACCACAGCUAUGUUCAGUCCUACCUAACCAGAGCUUACAGAAUAAAUUAGUUAAUAUCACUGGUUGUGGCUCACCCUUGAGACCAUUCAUCUGUUUGGUGGCCGGAUGUAAAGUAGCGAAGGUGUCUUGAGUUAUAAGUUGCUACAAGAGGAAUGAAAUGAGUCUAUAGCCAAACCCUGCCCCCUCCCCCCCCAAAAAAAAAACAAAAAAAAAACCUCCUGCUUUAUGUUCAUCAAUAAUGAAUAGCCCAUCCCUGCAAUACUCAGAGGGAGCUUACGUUGCACUUUUGAGCAGCGGGUUAGUAAUGUACAGUGGAUAGAGCCUUUCUUUCAAAUCCCAGGGCAGCGGGCCCUUCAAGGCUAGCAUUGCAUUUUCAAUUAGCCUCUGAGUGAAUGCUUGGCAUGUGUCUUAGUGAAGAGGCACACAAUUAGCUUAUUGUUCUUCUCUGUGUUGUGCUGAGAGGAUCUAAGGGGUUGGUGGGGGAACAGGAAAGCCAGGCAUCACUGUGGAUGUUGAAGAAGAGAGUUACUCACCUCAGCAUCUUCACUCGCUCUGGAAUUACAGCUAUUUCUUACCAAGCACUCUGUGAGGUUGGGAGGAGUGUGGCUGAGGAAACACAUCCCAGACAACCACUUGGGGUUAGUCUUUCGGAGUCUUUCACAUCUGUCUCUGAUUCCGGUCCUUAUCAUGGAGCCCAAUAGUCCCAAAAAGAUACAGUUUGCUGUGCCUUUAUUCCAGAGUCAGAUUGCACCUGAAGCAGCAGAGCAGAUUAGGAAAAGAAGACCCACACCAGCAUCACUUGUAAUUCUCAAUGAACAUAAUCCCUCAGAAAUAGAUGACAAGAGAGUGACCAACACACAAGAAGAAUCACAGAAUGCAUCCCCAAAGCAGAGGAAGCAGAGUGUGUACACACCACCAGCUAUAAAAGGGGUUAAGCAUCUGAAAGGCCAGAAUGAGUCAGCAUUCCCUGAAGAAGAAGAAGGUGUAAAUGAGAGAGAGGAACAGUGGGAUCACUAAUUACAGAUCUGCGACAAGAUGACUUCUCGGGAAUAACUGAACUAUCCACUUUUUGAAAUCUAAGGGAGCGCCACUGCUCACCGUCCAGAAGCACUCUCCAUCCCUGCUCUCCACACACAUGCACUGUUAGUAAUCCACAUCCAGGAAGCCUACCUUGGUUGAACUUCAGAACCAAGUACAAAUGAUUCCAUACUGCUAAACAAUUAAAGAAUGGGUGUUUAUUUUACUGUGGUUUUCUUUUUAAUGACACAGAAA